CUCGGCUGGUUCCGGGUUGAGAGGCUGCGCUCGGACCAGAGCAGUGGCCGCUGAGCCGGCAGGGGGCCCCCUCUCGCCGCCCCCAGCGCCAUGGCGUGCAGCCUCAAGGACGAGCUGCUCUGCUCCAUCUGUCUGAGCAUCUACCAGGACCCGGUGAGCCUGGGCUGCGAGCACUACUUCUGCCGCCGCUGCAUCACAGAGCACUGGGUGAGGCAGGAGGCGCAGGGCGCCCGCGACUGCCCCGAGUGCCGGCGCACGUUCGCGGAGCCCGCGCUCGCGCCCAGCCUCAAGCUAGCCAACAUCGUGGAGCGCUACAGCGCCUUCCCGCUGGACGCCAUCCUCAACGCGCGCCGCGCCGCGCGACCCUGCCAGGCGCACGACAAGGUCAAGCUCUUCUGCCUCACGGACCGCGCGCUGCUCUGCUUCUUCUGCGAUGAGCCCGCGCUGCAUGAGCAGCACCAGGUCACCGGCAUCGACGAUGCCUUCGAGGAGUUGCAGAGGGAGCUGAAGGAGCAGCUUCAGGCCCUUCAGGACAGCGAGCGGGAGCACACCGAGGCGCUGCAGCUGCUCAAGCGACAGUUGGCUGAGACCAAGUCUUCCACCAAAAGCUUGCGGACCACCAUCGGGGAGGCAUUUGAGCGGCUGCACCGGCUGCUGCGGGAGCGGCAGAAGGCGAUGCUGGAGGAGCUGGAGGCCGACACAGCGCGCACGCUGACGGACAUUGAGCAGAAAGUCCAGCGUUACAGCCAGCAGCUGCGCAAGGUGCAGGAGGGGGCCCAGAUCCUGCAGGAGCGGCUGGCCGAAACCGACCGCCACACCUUCCUGGCCGGGGUGGCCUCACUGUCUGAGCGGCUUAAAGGGAAAAUCCAUGAGACCAAUCUGACUUACGAAGAUUUCCCGACCUCCAAGUACACGGGUCCCCUGCAGUACACCAUCUGGAAGUCCCUGUUCCAGGAUAUCCACCCAGUGCCCGCCGCCCUGACCCUGGACCCAGGCACUGCCCACCAGCGCCUGAUCCUGUCCGACGACUGCACCAUCGUGGCCUAUGGCAACCUGCACCCGCAGCCGCUGCAGGACUCGCCGAAGCGCUUCGAUGUGGAGGUGUCGGUGCUGGGCUCCGAGGCCUUCAGCAGCGGCGUGCACUACUGGGAGGUGGUGGUGGCGGAGAAGACCCAGUGGGUGAUUGGGCUGGCCCACGAGGCGGCCAGCCGCAAGGGCAGCAUCCAGAUCCAGCCCAGCCGCGGCUUCUACUGCAUCGUCAUGCACGACGGCAACCAGUACAGCGCCUGCACCGAGCCCUGGACCCGGCUCAACGUCCGCGACAAGCUGGACAAGGUGGGCGUGUUCCUGGACUACGAUCAAGGCCUGCUCAUCUUCUACAACGCCGACGACAUGUCCUGGCUCUACACCUUCCGGGAGAAGUUCCCGGGCAAGCUCUGCUCCUACUUCAGCCCCGGGCAGAGCCACGCCAAUGGCAAGAACGUGCAGCCCUUGAGGAUCAAUACAGUGCGCAUCUAGGGCCACGGAGGGAGCGCCCAGACGCUAC